AUGCCCAGAAGGCCUCGAGCCGGAAACCCGGGACAAGUGUGCACCGCCAUGUCUGUGCUUCGACUCCUCGGGGUCCUGCGGCAGCCGUCUCUUCUUCACCUUUUGACAAGUAAAGUUGGGAAAAAGUUUCCUGUGAUGACCCUGAAUUCUUACCCUUUCAAAGAUGAGAAAGAAGAAAAUUCCAAACCCAUUGGUCGUUACCCUAUUCCCUAUAAGAAGGACCUGCCCUUUGACAUCGUAGAGCUCAUGGAGGAGAUGGAAAGAAAGACAGGAUUUUUACCAAAUGUAUUUAAAGUGUUGUCUUACCGGCCUUUGGAAUUCAGAGCUUUCUUUGCUUACUACAAUGCCAUCUAUAAUAAAGAAACAGGUCGGCUCAGCAAAGCUGACAAGGAACUCAUCAUCGUAGUGACCAGCCUGGGUGACAAGUGCCUAUACAGCGUUGUUGUCCACAGCGCCAUGUACAGGGUCUACUCAAAGAACCCAGGACUCUCUGACCAGGUCUGUAUAAACUGGAGAAAGUCUGACCUCCCUGCUCGAGAAAAAGCAAUGAUAGAGUUUGCACUUGCCGUUUCCCAAGCUGACGACAUAACAGAUGACCAUUUCAAAAAGCUGGAAAUGCAUGGCUUCAGUAGAGAAGAUGCCUGGGACAUAGCUACCAUCACAGCUUUCUACGCUAUGGCCAACCGCCUUGUUCACUUUAUCGACAUCAUUCCUAACAAGGGGUACUAUUCACUGGGCAGAGACAAGGAUGCUAACCAGACAGAGAACGAACUUACUGCUCCGAAAGGAUAAAAGCCUGACAGGAAAGGCCAGUAUUUAUCAUUUCAGUUAGGUUGCAUUAGAAGACACCCAUUGGAUAGCAAUUAAAAAUAAAUACAAAACAUCUAGUUAUUGGUUAGAGAAAAAAAAUUGUUCCCCACCUGCCUGAUGAAGUCCUUGAGUGUCCAGGGGCAUGUGACACUUGAAACUUGGGGACACAGUUCAGAAAGCCUUUGUUGAUUAUUUGCUUCCAUUGUGAUCCAAAAGGACUGUAUGGCAAAGGAAUUCCCAUGAUGCUUUAAAUAUGAGUAGACAUCUAAUUGAAUUUUGGCUAAAGUUGAAAAUCUUUUAGCUUUCCAAAUGGUAUUACCUAGAAAUUGGUCGAUAUAGACUGAUCUGACGUCUGCUCCUUAUUAACAUGGCUGUGCGAUUAGACUCUAAUAUGGGGCCCACAGGAACAGGUGCAGCUAAAUUUAGUUCUAUUUUCAGUGCCUUCUCAGUUUUUUUUUUCUGAUGUUACAGAAUCUUUUUUUAACUAUUAAAUUUAUUUUUUAAAACAAUCUUUUCUCAUUUUACAUACCUAUCCCAGUUCCCACUCCCGCCCCUCUUGAUGUUAUAGAAUCUUAGUCAUGUGUAAUAUGCUCUUAUUUUAGGUUUUAGUAAAAAAAUAUUUGGAAUAAUUGAGUGCUCACAUAUUAAAU